AUGACCAGCAAACAAUUCCCUAUUAACAAAAAUUUAUUUUCUUCUUUAAUUAAAACAUCAAUAUUUUCUCCAAUUUUUAUUGUCAUUAUCUUUGUCUCGCUUUUUAUUUUCACUUCAGAAAUGGCUUUAGCUGAAGAAGCAAUUAAUGAAGUUUCCUCCCCUUUUAAAAAUUGGUAA